CAACCUAUUCAUCAAAAUAAAAUAAGUCUUACAUAAAUAACACAACGCGUGCCUCCGAAAGGUCAAAAAUCGUGUGACCAUCCGCCGCAAAUUGCCAAGCUGCUUUUUCGAUGUUCUACAAAUCGUGAGCCGCCCGUGUGGUUCGCGGUUGAGUAUGCCAAGCAACCGCGACUGCAAGCCUUCGGACCAUCUUGUCAGUUUCAGCAACAGCCGUUGUGAUGGAUGGAGCCAUGGAAAGACGGAGGAACCUUUUGGUUCAGGUGAGCACACCACCACCUGGAACCACUUCAGCUGAAGGUGUAAUCAAACAAACCUAAUCCUUCGGCAGCCAGGGAGUUGAGGCCUGAUAUUUAUUCCAUUGUAGAGAUCUUCUUUCUCGUGGGUAAAACGCAUGAUAGAUCAUACUUGGGAAAAGGGAUAUAAAUAGGACCCGGCGGCAUAUCACUGGCCUCUUCUCACCUGGGAAACUAUCUUUCUACGACAGCCAUCAUUGUUAUCCCUCGCACUCAAUCAAUAAUAGCUAAACUUAGACCAAAUAAGAAAGGCAAGAAGGAGAAAAAAGACAGCCAUGCACAGAGCGUCACUCUCCCUCCUCUUCCCCUUUCUCCUAAGCCUCCUCAACUCCCCCAUCCGCGCAGCCACAACAACAUGCACCAUCUCCACAGGCCACGACGGCAUCUGCGUUUCCACAACCAGCUGUGCCUCUGGCGGUGGCACAUCCACACCGGGCUUCUGUCCCGGCGCGGCAGACAUCCAGUGCUGCACCUACGGAUCCUGCGCCCUCCCGUCCUCGGGCCUGGCGGGGCUGUGUCUGCCUACGUCCUCGUGCUCGUCGGGCGGGGGGACGUCCACCGCGGGCCUCUGCCCUGGCGACAGCUCGAUCCAGUGCUGUACGUAUGGGACGUGUAGUGUGGGCGGGGUCGGGGGCGAGUGUGUGGAUACGGGGGCUUGUAGCGGCACUUCUACGCCGGGGUAUUGUCCUAGUGGGAGCAAUAUACAGUGCUGCACUGGUGGUGGAGGAGGAGGAGGAGGAGGAGGCUCGACUGGUGGUGGUGGCGACGACGACGACGAUGUUCCGGCCGAGUAUCAGGGCGACGGCAGCACAUGUUCCAGCGGAUACCCCCUACUGAACACGGCCAGCCUGGCUCUCAUCCGUGAGUUUGAAGGGUUGUACGCCAGUCCUUACGGUGAUCCGGACGGCCACCCAACCAUCGGAAUCGGGCAUCUCUGCAGCGACGCCAGCUGCUCUGAUGUGAACUACCCGAUCCCCUUAUCUGUCGACGACGCCUGGGCCCUCUUGAUAGGUGAUCUUCUCGAAUACCGUAAAUGCAUCUCCGACGAUCUCGCCUCCACUGUUCACCUCAACGCCAACCAGUUCGGCGCCCUCGUCAGCUGGGCCUACAACGAGGGCUGCGCGGCCGCCGGCUCGUCCACGCUCAUCCGGGAGCUGAACGCGGGCGAGGACGCGGACACGGUAGCCGAGGAGGAGCUGCCUAAGUGGGUGUAUGGGGACAAUGGGGUGCUUCCUGGCCUUGUGCGACGGAGGAAUGCUGAGGUUGCGUUGUUCAAGACGGCCGAUAGUGUUGUUGCGAAUCCGAAUCCGUGCUGA